AGCACGCGGUGCGAGUGAGCGAGCGCGCGCGCGCGUCUCUGUGUUUAACCGAAAAAAGAGAAAAAAGAGAAACGAUUGAACGACCACGAACGCCGCAGCGACGGACGCCGCUCUGUAAAUGAUGUAAAAUAAACCUAUGUGAAUGCGUAGCCGUUACAUUCACCGGCGGAAAGGUGUGCUGAUAAUCUUGCGGAAAGGAAGAGCAAUAUGUUUUAUGUCUUUGUUAACAGAUGAUGUGUCCAGGCGGAUUUGCGGGGUUUAACGACGCCGCUCAACAAGAGAAGCAAACGCUCUUCCAAGAAAAGGAGUAACGUUAAACACCGGCAACCUUACACGACAAAUUACGCUCAUAUCCAACGCGAUGCUGACGAACUGUUGAGUCUGUGACAUAAAUUGGAGAAAGCGAGACCUUUCGACAAGCUGCUUCAGUUUUAAUAACGACAGAGGAUGCAGCACACCGGAUACACCUGAAAAUCCCCCCUCACUGAAGGCCAUUCACCUGGGAAUCAGUCACAUCUGAGCCAGCCACAAGAACCUCUAUGCAGGAAAUGGAGAUAAGGAAAGUACGCAGCAAAAACUGAAUUAACCUGCAGAUAUACUAAAAAAAACAAGCACCCUCUGAUACUCCUGUGAACUCGAGCGAGCGUGAAAGAUUAGAGCCGUAGAAAAGAGAGAGUAAUUAUUGUCGCUGACAGCUGGCAACACUGGAAGGAACGGCUGAAGAACUUCAUAAGAGGGUGAUAGGGUGAUCACAGAGUGAGAGAGACGGGGACUGACAGAGAGCCAGAGUGCAGGAGGGGGCGGCGGCGGUGGAGGAGUGGGAAAGGUCAAUCGCCAUGGCGACGGACCCGGGAGAGCCCACUGCCACUGAUGAGUCCUCUGGAGAGAAACCUGAUGGAGAGAGGGAGGAGGAGAGUGACCAGGGGAAUAGGGCCCCCAGGGAGAGAGAGAGAAUGCACAGCACUCCGUCUGACUUCCCCUCCUCCCAGACCCAGGAAAGGAGAGCUUGGGGCGCAGGAGGAGGAGGUGGCGGAGUGGAGGACGGUAAAGAAACAGAGGUGCCAGCCAGACCUCUGACCUUCUUCAUGCACUCCUCUCCGGCAGCCCACGAACCGUGUCGGAAACAGGAGAACAAGCGUUUUUUCCGGAAGAGUGUGGAGAUAUGCGAAGAGGAUGAUGAGGUGGAAGAAACCCCCGGUGCCCUUCACAGCACCCCUCACCUCGAGUUUUGUGCCUCCGACUCUGUUUUCACCAGCGGAGCCCAGCAGUUACCCGCCAGUGCCUCGGCUGCCUUGGGUGAGGAUGGCACUCAUGGCACGCAGGAUCCUGAUAAGACCGGCCUUACGGCGCCUGCUCUGAAGGGGAAGGAGAGAGAUAAAGAACAGGAAGAAGAGGCUGAGAUGAAGGCCGUUGCCACUUCACCCAGUGGCCGCUUUUUAAAAUUUGACAUUGAGCUUGGCAGAGGAGCGUUCAAAACCGUUUACAAAGGCCUGGACACGGAAACCUGGGUGGAAGUUGCCUGGUGUGAACUGCAGGAUCGAAAGCUGACCAAAGCGGAGCAGCAGCGGUUUAAAGAGGAGGCUGAAAUGCUGAAGGGUCUACAGCAUCCCAACAUUGUGCGUUUUUAUGACUCCUGGGAGUCUGUUCUUAGAGGCAAGAAGUGCAUUGUCCUAGUGACUGAGCUCAUGACCUCAGGAACGCUCAAAACGUACCUUAAGCGCUUUAAAGUGAUGAAGCCCAAGGUUCUUCGAAGCUGGUGCAGGCAAAUCCUAAAGGGUCUACAGUUCCUACACACCCGUACGCCACCCAUUGUGCACCGUGACCUCAAGUGUGACAAUAUCUUCAUCACAGGCCCGACCGGAUCAGUAAAGAUUGGUGACCUGGGCCUUGCCACCCUCAUGCGAACAUCGUUUGCCAAGAGUGUCAUAGGUACUCCAGAGUUCAUGGCCCCAGAGAUGUAUGAGGAGCACUAUGACGAGUCAGUGGAUGUCUAUGCCUUUGGCAUGUGCAUGCUAGAAAUGGCUACCUCGGAGUACCCAUAUUCAGAAUGCCAAAAUGCAGCACAGAUCUACCGCAAAGUCACUAGUGGUAUCAAGCCUGCCAGUUUUGACAAAGUAAAUGACCCUGAGGUAAAAGAAAUCAUUGAGGGCUGUAUUCGCCAAAACCAACUUGAGCGGCUCUCAGUGAAGGACCUUCUAAAUCAUGCCUUCUUUGCGGAGGACACUGGUGUGCGUGUGGAGCUCGCUGAGGAAGAUACAGGCUGCAAAGACUGCCUGGCCCUGCGCAUCUGGGUUGAAGAGCCAAAGAAACUCAAAGGCAAGCACAAGGACAACGAGGCCAUCGAGUUCAGCUACGACUUGGAGAAUGAUAGUGCUGAAGAAGUUGCGCUAGAGAUGGUGAAGUCCGGCUUUUUCCAUGAAAGUGAUGCUAAGGUGGUGGGGAAGUCCAUCAGAGACAGGGUGUCUCUGAUAAAGAAGUCACGGGAACGGCGGCAACAGCAGCUUCUCCAACAGCAGCAGCAGCAACAACAACGUCUGGAUGAGCGCCGUGACUCCUCGGUCCUAACCUCCUCCUUUUCUUAUGUCCAGCCUUCCGGCACCACCUCCUCACAGGGCACAGGAGCUGCUGCAGCUGCUGGGGGUCAGGGAGAGGCAGAGGAGCUGCCGGAAGUGGACCAACAUGUCCAACAGCAAGGCACUGCAUUGGGCCUCACAGAGGGUGAGAGUCUUCCUGCUGUCAGUGGACAAAGCCAAGCUUUUUCUGUACCUGAGACAGCGAACCAAUGUGCUCAUGCUCAAACCAGCUACCCCACUGGCACAUCUGGAGUGAAAGGAGCAGGGGUUAUGUCUCACCCCAAGCUGCUCCCUAUUGGUCAGAGCGGAGGGGUUCCAAAUGUGCCUGUUGGCCAGAAUGGUGGGAUAUCUGUCAUUUCCACUGGCCAAAGUGGUGGUGGGGCUCCUAACAUUCCUGUGGCACAGACUUUCAUUCAACCAGUUACUAUGGCAUCACAGGUCCCAUUAAGUGUGCCUCAACAAUAUUCUCAGCCCCUUCCACAAUACUCAACAGAUGUUACAUCCUCGCAAAUGUUACACUCCCGACCCACUGACGCCUCCACUCCCCACAGUUCUCUUGUACAGUCACAGUCAUACAUCACCCCUAUAUCACCCCAGGCACACAUGACUGUCCUCACUUCCUCCAUCCCGGCUGGAGAACCUAUAGCAUCAGCAGGCAAAAUCAUGCCACCUAUGCAGACCCAAACUACUAUUGCUUCUGUACAACCCACUGAUGUUUUGCCCCAGCAAACUAUUGUUCAGAUGCAACAGCAGGUGAUGUCAGAAUUGCCCGGAACAUUGCAACUGAACAUCCAGCAACCCACACCACAAAAGCAGGCAAAUAUAAUACAGCAGCACCAGACGGUGUUGUUGCCACAGCAAACGGACCAUGUUCAACAAAUGGUGGUUUUGUUACCACAGCAUGUAGAAAAACCCCAGGUGGUUCUGCAGGAGGAGCCGCCACAUUCCAGUGCUUCUCAGCAGCCAUAUAUCCCAUUGCUACAGCAGAAACAGCAAACAAUGACCAACCCUCAGCAAAGUGAUCUACAACAGCAAGUGUACAUACAGCAACCUGCAAGCAAACCCCAACAGCAAGUUGUGAUACAGCAGCAUCAGGCGUCAGUACAACAACCCCCAGUGGAACAAUAUCAUACUCAGCAACAGCAGGCACAGCAAGUUUAUUUGCAACAAUUGUCUGAAUCACAAGAGCAGAACAUGGUAAAGACAUUGGUACAACAGCCGCCGGUACUUCAAACAAUCCAGCAGCCAUUGCAAUUGACGGAGCAACAACAACAGCAACUUCUGAUUAGGCAACAAAUGGAGCAGCAACAGAAAGCUGUUUUGCAAAGUCAAAUGGAGAAACAACAUCAACAGCAAGUUUAUAUUCAGCCACCACAACAGCAGCAAGUUGAACAGCAACAAAUUCUUCUGCAGCAACAACAAAACUUGGCGGUACAGCAACAGAUUGAGCAGCAGCAACAAGCGUUACAACAACAAAAGCAAAUAGAACAGCAGCAAAAGGCUAUUUUACAGCAACAGGUGGAACAGCAAAGACAACAGCAACAGGCUUUGUUUCAGCAACAGCAAUUGGAGCAACAACAAGCAUUAUUGCAGCAGCAGCAGCGUGAACAACAACAGGCUCUUCUGCAGCAACAACAAUUGGAACAGCAAGCUUUGCUACAACAACAGCAGCAACUCCAGUUAAAGCAGCAACAAGCUCUUUUACAUCAGCAACAGUUAGAGCAACAGCAGCAGGCUUUGUUUAAACAGCAGCAGCAACAACAACAGUUGGAGCAACAGCAAGCUCUUUUACAACAGCAGCAGCAACAAGCGCUCAUUCAGCAGCAGCAACAGUUAGAGCAAAAAGUACUGCAGCUGCAACAGCAGCAACAAAUCGAACAGCAACAAACUUUAUUAAGCCAGCAGCAGCAGUCUCAGCAGAUAGAGCAACAUGUUCUUCAGCAACAGCUGCAAGUACAGAAGCCAACAGAUCAACAAUUGCAACAGCAGAUAUUUCAACAACAGACAGAACAGCAACAACAGACAUUGCUACAACAAAGAGAGUCACAGAUGCAGCAACACCUCCUGAUGCAACAACACCAGAUUGAAUUACAGCGACAACUAUCCGAAAAACAACUGCAACAAGUUUUAUUACAGCAACAACAUUUGGAGCAACGUGCUCCUCUGGCAGAUCACAGCGGACAACAGCAAGCAACAAUGGUAAAAGCACAGCCUCCGGAGACGAUUAGUCAAAUCCAGCACUCUCAACAAAUGAUUCCCCCACAACCUCAGCCUCAUCAUACUCAACAACAAACUGAGCAGCAGCAUGUCUUGAUUCAGCAGCAACAAGCUGUCCUUCCCCAGGCAUCACACAGACCAUCUCUGGUAGAGUUACAAGUUCCAAGCCUGGUUCAAGCACUACCAAAAAUGGUUAGUGCUCAAAUACCUAGUCAAAUACCGGCCCCGGUACUCAUCCAGCAACAGGUACCACCACAGAUGUCAGCUCAAACUUCAGCGCAAGUUCAGAUCCAAAGUCAAGGGGAGCCUGCGAUUUAUUGUCAGAUUCCCUUACAGACUCAAAGUCAUCCUGCACCGCAGUCAAUGGGAGGCAAUAUUCAAGCAGGCCAGCUGCAAGUUCCACAACCAACCCAACAAAUCACAUCACCAACACAAGUUCCUACACCACAACCCAUUCAUUCCUUUAUAUCGAAUUCAACACAAAUGGUCUCACAAGGACAAACACUUCCAUCCCAAUCUCAGUUGGUACCACCUCAAGCUGCAGCUUCUCUCCAGUGUCAAGUUGCAGUAGGGUCAACUACUCCUGCGCCUCUUGUGCAUGCUGCAGUCCCAGCUGCUUCUACACUUCUACCCACACAAUAUGCUCAAGCACCUGUCGCUUCGCAAACCAUCCAGUCUGUUCAGCUAGACCUCACACAAUCUGUGAAACAACAACAACAGCCACCUCUGCAACAAUAUCAGCAAGCAGUACUGUCUCAUAUGUCACUCACACCUACCAUCAACCCAAUGGCCACUUCAUCCACACAUUGCUUUUUACAACAGACAAACCAAUCUCAAAUGCAGGCCCAGGCUCCGCCAGUUAUCCAAGCUCAGCAGCAACCAGUUAGUGUGGCCUCGAUGCAGACAGUCUUGCAGCCCAUGCCUCUGGUACAACCUCAGGCUGCCCAACUGUAUGAGCAGCAACUGCCUCAAGACCACCAUGUGCAGCAACAGCAACCCCUGCACCAUCAGCAUCAGGCCCAACCCGUGCAGCAGCUUCUGCCACCGAAUGCUGUCCUACCACAAGAUCUCCACCAACAACCUAGUCAGCCUCAACCAGUACUCCAACAUAUGAUCCCGAUUCACAUUGAACCCAGUCAGGUACCUCAGACCCAAGCUAGAACUGUACCUUUGUACAGUCAUGUGGUCUCAGGUCCACCAGCCUCCCCACAGAACCAGCAGAAACCAACCCUUCCCGCUCAAGCACGCACACAGACUAGCAUGCAGUCACAAGCACACUCAAACGCACAGGCACAUACCCACAUAGAAGCUACUGGGAGUUUCGAGCAGCCUCCUUACUCCCAAACUGCCUUUAUUCCAUCACAGAUCCCCCCAAGUCCAUCUCAUACUUCCCUACAGCUGUCUGCCACACUCCCAGCCCUACAACCAUCUGUCCCAGUUUCAGAAAUUCCCGUUACAGUAGAAGCACAGCAAAACCAGGCAACGUCUGCUGAUAUGAUCCCUGCUUCCCCUCCUACUGUCAGUGCUUCACAGUCCCAUGAAUCUGUGUUGCCCCCCACCUCGCUGGCAGAAAGUGACGCUGCAUUGCUGGGCAUUGCUCAGGAGAGCCUAAAUCAGUCUGCCAAUAGGGGCUCUUCAUCAGGCUCUGCUCCUGCCAAAGGAGAUGAGGCCCAAUCACAGUGGGCCAGUGGAAAACAAGAUAAGGUAAAAUCUCAGAGGAGAUCAUCCUGUCAAAAAGCUGAAAAAACUCAUUUUCAACUCAGCAUGUUGCAGGUCUCAGGCACAGGGGACAACAUGGUAGAGUGUCAGUUGGAGACUCACAGCAACAAGAUGGUCACAUUCAAGUUUGACAUUGAAGGAGAUGCACCAGAGGACAUUGCAGAUUAUAUGGUGGAGGAGGACUUUGUCCUUGAGCCUGAAAAAGAUAAAUUUGUUGAGGAGUUGAGAGCUACAGUGAAGAAAGCUCAAGGAAUACUAAGCACUCACUCACAGACUGGAUCCUUGGAGCAACUCCAUGUGAGCACCCCAUCCAGUGCAACAAUGGAUUCAGCCCCUCAGUCUUCCCCAGUGGGUCGCUGGCGAUUCUUCAUUAACCAAACCAUUCGCCAUCGUGACUCGCACUCCAACCAGGGAGCUUCCACUCCCCCUCCAGUGGGAGAGACCCGAGUUCCCAAGUCCACAGAAACAGAGAAAGAUCAUGAUAGCCCUCAGCGCUCAGAGUCUUUUGCUGGGAUAGCAUCUUCCCCAAGUUCUUCACUGUCUGCAUCCUCUCCUCCAGUCUCUACUGUAUCAGCACCUGCAUCCAUGUCAGCCUCAGCCAUUACUGCCCAAAAAGAUGUAACACCGGCUGCCUUGCCAACAGCAGAGCAAGUCUCCUCUGCUACCCUGCCUGCAGGCCCAAUCCCUGUCAUGGCUUCCAGCACCUCUGCUGCUCCUUUCCCUGCAGUCGCAGCCCUCAUUGGCUCCAGCAUUGACCAAGGAAAAGCUGCAGUUAAAGGUGAGGCUGAACAGCCCCUCUCUACCUUAUCUACUUAUGGGACCCCUCCAGAAUCGCUGGUGACUCACGCUGAUACUUCACAGCAACUUCUAGCACAAACCCCAAUGGCACCUUUGCAGACAACAGAUGUACUUCAACAAACCCAGACACUACAGUCAGCAAUGGCCACCACUGAACAAGCUCAGAAACAGCAGAUUAUGCCUCAGCCAGUGCGCCAGGUCGCUCCUCACCCACCUACACACCAGUCUAGUGAGUCAAAAACACUAUCACAGCCAAUGCCAAUGGAGACCAUACCUUUUCAGAGAGCUCUUCAGCAGGUUCCUCACCAACAAGUACCAGUUGAAUCUCAACAGCCAGCAAUGCAACAGACUGCUCUCUUGCCGCAACAUAGCCUUCAAACAGCCACUGCUGAGCAAAUCCAACAGCACAAGGUAGAUCAGUAUGUGUCUCAAGAAACCACAGCGAUACUGACCAUGCAUCCACAGCAUGGCCUCCAGACCCAGGAUUCCCAACAGCUUCGAUCUGCAUUUCAACCUGUGAUCCCGCAGCAGCUUCCCAGUGAGCAAACCCAGAUGUUACUUCAGCAGGUAUCGCAAGAUAUGGUGCCUAUGACACAAACCGCAGUGCCUCCGGCUGUGCAGAAGCAGGUGUCUAUCCAGCAGUCGGAGUCUGAGCUGUCCACGGGGGAAGACACCGUCAGCUACUCCGCCCCACCCCAUCCCUUUUCGGACACCUCUCUCCCACCCCUGCCGCUCUCUGAAACUGCUCUUCCUGCCCUCUCCCACACUUUCACACCCUCUCCAGCUCAGCCCUCCUCGGUAGCUGAGUCAGACAGCGAAGGCCCACCCAAAAUCGAAUUUGUGGACAACCGGAUCAAGACAUUGGACGAGAAGCUGAGGACUCUUCUGUAUCAGGAAUACAGUGGUAGUGGGGCAGCACUGGGAAGUGGCUCCACCAGUGGCUCUGCUCCUGCCCCCAGCUCCACCUCGGGAUCUGCUGCGGCCUCCACCGCAGUUGACGAGAUUUCAGAGCCCCCCAACACUUUCUCCGUUCCUCCUGCAACUUCCUCAGACACCUCCCCUCACUCCACCUCUUCCACCACCUCCUCCACCACCCCUCGCUCUUCCUCUACUUCUCCGGAUGGAGAGCGGGAGAGAGCAGGUGAAGAGGAGACGAUCCCGUCUGCUGUGCAACACCAGCCGGCUUCAUCCUUCUCCUCUACAUCCCCUCCAUGCUCUCUCGUUUCCCCUCCACAGGAGUCUGGAUCCCCGAAAGUGCCCAAUGAAUCAACUGCUCCCCCUUUCCUCACUGAAAGCUCCACCCCUGGAGAUGUUCUCUUGCCUUCCUCUUCUCAGCCGCCUGUCCCCCUGUGGCCUGGACAACAGCAGCCUCAGCACAAUGAAGGAGGUGGAUAUUUUGGCCUAAACCUGACAUGUCCUAGUAUCAGAAAUCCUGUUAGCAAGAAAUCCUGGACUCGCAAAUUCAAAAGCUGGGCGUGCAAACUGCGCCACUCCACCAGCUUGUUCAAGAAGCCCAGAGUCCAGCAAGGGGUAAGAACAGAGGAGUGUAGAAAGGGGAGAGAACCUAAGAGGGAUGACCCUUGUGCGUCGCACCUGGAUCUGAAUCUCCUGUCCCACCGUAUGCAGUGCAGUAUUGCGGUGCCUGCGCCCCUCACCUUCCUGCACCCUGCCUCACUCACCCAGAGCACCUGCAAUCGCAAAAUAGCACACUUGUUUACAAGCAACAUGGGCCAGAGUCUGAAGUUUGCACCUGUUUAUUUGUUAUUUGUUUAGUAAUUGAAGAGGCGUGAAACUAUUGUUCAUCGUGCCCAUUUCUGUCUAUUCAAAAAUAACAGCUGCAAACUUUUAUUUUAAUGUAAAAAAAAUUGAUCGGGCCACAUGACAUUUUAGAAUUUAUAUUUGAAUGCACCAUUAAUACUGAAGCUUUAGCAAGCAAGUCAUUACAAUGUAUAUCGAACAGCUAUUUUUCAGAUGUUAGCCAUGCAUUUUUCAUAUGAACAAUUUUUAUUUUCUCCCAGAGCUUUAGAUUAUAUCCUGUUCUUUCCUACCUGGGUAGAUUUUUGGAAGGUUUUAUUUUCUAUAUUUUCUUUGCAUGUCCAUGGGUAUGUUUGGAAUGGAGUACUAGCAUACUGCUGUCCUUGCCGUUUUUGUUUAAAAAGUAGUAUGUGAAACAGUACACAGUAUACUCUGAUACGUUUGAAAACUUUUC